AUGAAAUGCGUUCUUCAAUCUUGUCAAUAUUAAAUUGAGAAACUAUUAUUAUAACAAUGAUGAAAUAUUGUGAUUUUGAAAAGUAAUUUAACUUAAUUUUAUAUUGUAGAAAUCAAUUUAUAUUUUGUGAUAAACAAAAUGGCAUUGUCUAACGUACUUAUGUUGAGCCAAAUUGCAGGUUAUGUUAUUGCUUUGAUUUUAUCACUGUGCAUUCUAAUUCCUAUGUCUUUACACCAUAAAGACUUCAAUGGGCAAUGUCUAUUAUUUUCAAAUGGAACUUGGCAAGAAAAAGAUGGCCAAUUUGUUGCUGAUUGGGCUUCUGGUUCUAAUUGCAUGUACACCGUUGUAGUGGGUGUCGUAACCUUGUUGAUAUCUCUGAUUCAAAUAUAUAGGAUAUCAAUAUCAGCUUACCAGGGUAGUGACAGUCCAUUUAUAUCCGUGCUUACAGAUGUUGUCAUAAGUCUAGGAAUAUCAGCCAUGUCCUUUAUUGCUGCAUUAAUAAUAACAUUAGGAUUUAUUGUCUGGUGUCAAAAUAUGACUCAAAGAUUUCCAUCAUGUGAAAUUGCUGCUGGCCAAGAUAUAAUGAAGUCAGAUAACAUUAACACAGUAGGAUUUUAUAUUCAAUUGGGCACAGCACAGUUUGGUGCUUGGGGUUCAUUUGCCUGUUGGGUCGGCUUAUGUGUAUUCGCUAUGUUGAAGCUAUGCCGUUAUCAUGAACUAGAGAACAUGAGGGCAUCAAUGUUUAGAGAAAGACAACGUGUCGUUUUUGAUGAGGAACAGAAAGAUGGACCUAGCGGUUCAGGUCUGGAAGAAAAUGUUGAUGAUAAAGUUUUGAUAUUAAACCAAGAUUAA